ACGUGACCCAGAUCUCACAUGACGUAGAUCCUCACGUGACCAAACGCUUACGUGAGCAGAAGUAGUUCUGGUCGUCGUCUACCGUCUCGCUAUAAGCCGUUUGAGGGAAGAAAGAGGAAAAUUAUCCGGUAUCGUUAGAGCUACACCGAAAUUACACUGAACCGAGCCUGCCAGCAAGAGCCCAACAGUCACCAUGAUGCUGAGCACAGAAGGCAGGGAGGGGUUCGUGGUGAAGGUCAGGGGCCUGCCCUGGUCCUGCUCAGCUGAUGAAGUGAUGCGCUUCUUCUCCGAUUGCAAAAUCCAAAAUGGCACAUCAGGUAUUCGUUUCAUCUACACCAGAGAAGGCAGACCAAGUGGUGAAGCGUUUGUCGAACUUGAGUCCGAAGAUGAAGUGAAAUUGGCUCUGAAGAAGGACAGAGAAACCAUGGGACACAGAUACGUUGAAGUGUUCAAGUCCAACAGUGUUGAAAUGGAUUGGGUGUUGAAGCAUACAGGUCCAAAUAGUCCUGAUACUGCCAAUGAUGGCUUCGUCCGGCUUAGAGGACUCCCAUUUGGCUGUAGCAAGGAAGAGAUUGUUCAGUUCUUUUCUGGGUUGGAAAUUGUGCCAAAUGGGAUGACACUGCCGGUGGACUUUCAGGGGCGGAGCACAGGGGAGGCCUUUGUGCAGUUUGCUUCACAGGAGAUAGCUGAAAAGGCCUUAAAGAAACACAAGGAAAGAAUAGGGCACAGGUACAUUGAAAUCUUCAAGAGUAGCCGAGCUGAAGUGCGAACCCACUACGAUCCCCCUCGAAAGCUCAUGGCUAUGCAGCGGCCGGGUCCCUAUGAUAGGCCAGGGGCUGGCAGGGGGUAUAAUAGCAUUGGCAGAGGGGCUGGGUUUGAAAGGAUGAGGCGGGGUGCCUAUGGUGGAGGGUAUGGAGGCUAUGAUGACUAUGGUGGCUAUAAUGAUGGGUAUGGCUUUGGGUCUGAUAGAUUUGGAAGAGACCUCAAUUACUGUUUUUCAGGAAUGUCUGAUCAUAGAUACGGAGAUGGUGGGUCCAGUUUUCAGAGCACCACAGGGCACUGUGUACACAUGAGGGGAUUACCUUACAGAGCCACUGAGAAUGAUAUUUACAAUUUUUUCUCACCUCUUAACCCCAUGAGAGUACACAUUGAAAUUGGACCCGAUGGCAGAGUUACUGGUGAGGCAGAUGUUGAAUUUGCUACUCAUGAAGAUGCUGUGGCAGCUAUGGCAAAAGACAAAGCUAACAUGCAACACAGAUACGUGGAGCUCUUCUUGAAUUCUACCGCAGGCACAAGUGGGGGUGCUUAUGAUCACAGCUACGUAGAGCUCUUUUUGAAUUCUACAGCAGGGGCAAGUGGUGGUGCUUAUGGUAGCCAAAUGAUGGGAGGGAUGGGCAUAUCCAACCAGUCUAGUUACGGAGGUCCUGCUAGCCAGCAGCUGAGUGGUGGUUACGGAGGUGGUUAUGGUGGUCAGAGCAGUAUGAGUGGAUAUGACCAAGUUCUGCAGGAAAACUCCAGUGACUAUCAAUCAAACCUCGCUUAGAGAAGGAGUACUAAACAGCAACAAAUAACAGCCGUGCAUUUAUGGGAGUUGACUAGAAUAGGAAUGAUGUCAGGCAUAUCCAGUAUGAUUGGUAGAUGGGAAAUAUCGUUGAUUCUGAUCACUCUUGGUCAGCUAGCUUCCUUUUCUUUUUCCUCCCUCCCUCCC